AUGCUCAUCCAGCAGGACCAGGAGAAGAAGGACAAGGAGAUCUACCGCAACAUCAAGGUAGCAGACCUCGCCGGGGGGCACUGUGCCAUCUGCCGCAACAUCAAGGUAGCAGAACUCGCGGGGGGGACACUGUGUCAUCUGCUGCAACAUCAAGGAAAGAGAGGAGUGGAGACUGGAGAUCUGAUUGACACUAGAGAGAGACCAGACACUCACUCUGACAGCGGGAAGAGUCCUUCAGUGGCACCAGACCCAGAGACGCCCAAACCAGCAAGAAAACAUCACUGCUCCCACUGUGGAAAGAGUUUUACCUGGUUAGGGUACCUAAAACGGCAUGAGAGGACACACACAGGAGAAAAGCCUUUCCAAUGUUCCCAUUGUGGAAAGAGUUUUACCGUGGUAGCUAACCUGAAAAGACAUGAGAGAAUACACACUGGAGAAAAGCCUUAUCACUGUUCCCAAUGUGGAAAGAGUUUUACUCAGUUAGGGAACCUAAAACAGCAUGAGUGGACACACACAGGGAAAAAACCUUACCACUGCUUCCAAUGUGAAAAUAGAUUUUCACGGUCAGUGGACCUAAAAGCUCAUGAGAGAACACACACAGGAGAAAAGCCUUUCCAAUGUCCCCAGUGUGGAAAGAGUUUUACCGUGGUAGCUAACCUGAAAAGGCAUGAGAGAAUACACACUGGAGAAAAGCCUUACCAAUGUUCCCAUUGUGGAAAGAGUUUUACUCAGUUGGGGCAUUUAAAAAAGCACGAGUGGACACAUACAGAAGAAACGCCUUAUCACUGUUUCCACUGUGGAAAGAGAUUUUCACGAUCAGGGGACCUAAAUACUCACGAGACAACACACAUAGGAGAAAAACCUUACCACUGUUCCCAAUGUGGAAAGAGUUAUGUUAAGUCACGAUAACUAAAAGAGCAUGAGAGAAUACACACUGGAGAAAAACCUUACCACUGUUCCCAACGUGGAAAGAGUUAUGUUAAGUCACGGUACCUAAAAAACCAUAAGAGAAUACACAGAGGGGAAAAGCUUACCCAAUGUUCUUAGUGUGGUGACGGGAUCUCUCAAAUAGAUGGUAUGAAGAUAGUUGAGAACAAAGCCUUUAUGUCCCUACAGUGGAGAGUGUGUUACCAUGUUAGUUAACCUGAAAAUACAUGUAAUAAUACACUCUGGAGAAAAGCCUUUCCACUGCUCCUAAUAUGAAUAUACUUUUGCCAGGUUAGGGAGUCUGGAGUCACAUGAGUGGACUGACAGAUAACAGGAGCACUACAACCAGUUAGAGAAGAGGAGCACUACCACUGGUCCAGCUGUGGAACAUGUUUUAACCAGUUAGAGAAGAGGAGCACUACCACUGGUCCUGCUGUGGAACAUGUUUUAACCAGUUAGAGAAGAGGAGCACUACCACUGGUCCUGCUGUGGAACAUGUUUUAACCAGUUAGAGAAGAGGAGCACUACCACUGGUCCUGCUGUGGAACAUGUUUUAACCAGUUAGAGAAGAGGAGCACUAUCACUGGUCCCACUGUGGAACAUGUUUUAACCAGUUAGAGAAGAGGAGCACUACCACUGGUCCCACUGUGGAACAUGUUUUAACCAGUUAGAGAAGAGGAGCACUACCACUGGUCCCACUGUGGAACAUGUUUUAACCAGUUAGAGAAGAGGAGCACUACCACUGGUCCCACUGUGGAACAUGUUUUAACCAGUUAGAGAAGAGGAGCACUACCACUGGUCCCACUGUGGAACAUGUUUUAACCAGUUAGAGAAGAGGAGCAC